UCUUUGGCCUGGUGCCCUGAUGCAUGGGCCCGGCAUGUAUACAGCCAGGCUGAUCCCUGUGGCUCCAGGCUCUCUAUCUGUCAUUGUCUUUUUCAAGUUUCCAUUGGCCUGUGCAAACGAGCUCAGUGGAAAGAACGUUCUAUGGGCAGAAGAUAAGGCAAGCAAACAGGCCUGUUAAGCGAUGCAUGUAUGUGUAAGGAGGGGAGAAGAUGUUCCUUCAGUCUCCUCCCUCCCAUGCUGUGCACUUGGAAAGUUUGUCUUGUUUGGAGAAGGAGUGGGUGACUGACUGGAUGGGAGGGAUCAGGGCAGCCAGGGGCUGUUGGGUCCAGUUUUGAAAAACCAGGCCUGGCAUUAUCUGGGGCCUUUAUAAGGCAAAGAGGGAUAGGAGCUGAACCUGCUGCCUGGAGAGAGAUAAGAGUCAGAGGGCUGACCGAGAGGAGACACAUUAAAGGAACAGGUGAGAAGAACAAUCCCACUUAGACGAUGGAGGAGGAUUCAUCAUACAAGACCGUCUUUUCACUGGGGCGGUUCAAGAUCCGGAAGAUGCAGAGUGCGCCCCCCUCGGAGCAAGCCAGUGGUGGCCCCAAACGGCCAGCGGAACUUGCACCUCCCUCGCAAAUGGAGGAAAAUGGAUCUCUGUCGGCCCCACCUGAUUAUGAGACCACCAUUGAUGCCUGCCCUCGCUAUGAAUUCUAUGCCCUCUCGGCACCGCCUGGGCGGCGGAAGGUUCGGCCCACGUUGGACAUGCUCAGAAAUGCAGACUUGGGCAAAGGAGAUCCCAACAUGGAUUCCGACACCAAAGAGGGAGAGGAGAAAGAUGUGGAAGCCGAAGCCGAGCCAGAAGCGGAACCUGUCCGGUUUGGCUGGGUGACCGGUGUCAUGAUCCGGUGCAUGCUGAAUAUUUGGGGUGUGAUCCUUUACCUUCGUUUGCCGUGGAUAACUGCGCAAGCUGGGAUAGGGCUGACCUGGCUGAUCAUUUUAAUGUCAGCUGUGGUGACCAGUAUCACUGGCCUCUCCAUCUCGGCCAUCUCCACCAACGGCAAGGUCAAAGCAGGGGGUACCUACUUCCUCAUCUCCCGCAGCUUGGGCCCAGAGCUCGGUGGCUCCAUUGGACUCCUCUUCUCCUUUGCCAACGCUGUCGCUGUGGCCAUGCAUGUGGUGGGCUUCUCCGAAACAGUCAGGGACCUCCUAGUGGAAUUUGAUGCAGUCAUGACUGACCCGGUAAACGACAUCCGCAUCGUGGGUGUGAUUACUGUCACUGUCCUCCUUGGCAUCUCCCUGGCUGGCAUGGAAUGGGAGGCCAAGGCUCAGAUUGUCUUCUUCUUCGUCAUCAUGGUCUCCUUCAUCAACUACUUUGUCGGGACCUUGAUCCCAGCCUCCCCAGAGAAAAUGGCAAAGGGAUACUUCAGCUAUCGUGGCGACAUCUUCUUGGAGAAUAUCGGGCCUGCCUGGCGAGGUGAAUCUGGCAGUUUCUUUGGCAUGUUCUCCAUCUUCUUCCCUUCGGCCACAGGGAUCCUGGCUGGAGCCAAUAUCUCAGGAGAUCUCAAGGACCCAGCAGUGGCCAUCCCUCAGGGGACGCUAAUGGCCAUCUUCUUGACCACUCUAACGUACCUGGCUAUCGCAGCCACCAUAGGUUCCGUCCUGAUCCGCGACGCCUCUGGAAGCCUGAAUGAUACCCUGGGAUCUGCCAACUUCACCAGCGGAGACUGCGUUGGCCUGGGCUGCGAAUAUGGGUGGAACUUUACUGAGUGCACUUUGGGUGGGACUUGCGAAUAUGGGCUGGCCAACGACUACCAGACCUUGAGCAUGGUGUCAGCGUUCAGCCCCCUCAUCACUGCCGGAAUCUUUGCUGCCACCCUUUCCUCAGCUUUGGCCUGCCUUGUCUCCGCCCCCAAGGUCUUCCAGUGCCUUUGCCAGGACAACCUGUAUCCCCUCAUUGGGUUCUUUGCAAAGGGAUAUGGGAAGAACCAGGAGCCACUGAGGGCCUAUGCCCUGACCUUCAUCUUGGCUAUCGCCUUCAUCCUCAUUGCGGAGCUGAACACCAUUGCGCCCAUCAUCUCCAAUUUCUUUCUGUGCUCUUACGCCCUCAUCAACUUCAGCUGCUUCCAUGCCACCAUCACCAACUCCCCGGGUUGGAGGCCUACCUUCCGCUACUUCAGCAAAUGGACAGCCCUCUUUGGCUCCAUCAUUUCGGUGGUCAUCAUGUUCCUGCUGACAUGGUGGGCGGCCCUCAUUGUCGUUGGGAUUAUUGUUGUGAGCUUGGCGUACGUCACCUACAAGAAACCAGAGGUGAACUGGGGGUCCUCGGUGCAGGCUGGCACCUACAACAUGGCUCUGUCAAACGCUAUGAAUCUGAACAACGUAGAGGACCAUGUGAAGAAUUUUAGGCCUCAGUGCCUGGUCCUCUCGGGCCCACCCAGCUUCCGCCCAGCCCUGGUGGACUUUGUCAACGCCUUCACUAAGAACGUGAGCCUCAUGAUAUGUGGGAACGUGGCAGAGCUGGAAGACUCCUCAUGUGCCGAAAACUAUGAUGAACAAACCCACUGGCUCAGCGAACGCAAGAUCCGUUCUUUCUACAACUUUAUCACAAUGGGGGACCUAAGAGCUGGAGCCAGAAGCCUCAUGCAGGUCUCAGGUCUGGGACGACUCAGGCCCAACACCAUGGUCCUGGGUUACAAGCAGAACUGGCAGACGGACACUCCCCACAACCUGGAUAAUUAUGUGGGCAUAAUACAUGACGCUUUCGAUUUCAGUGCUGGCGUGUGCCUGGUCCGGAUGCGCGAUGGGCUGGACAUGUCGCGGACAGUGAAGGCACAAGUGAACUUGGGCUUUGAGGACCCGGAAGCAGCACUGGGCUGGGAGAAGCAGAAGCGUGAUGCCUUCAAAGUAGUCGGUGCUGACACACACCUGGAAACUUAUUUCCAGGGUAACCAGAAGAAGAAAAAUAUCGACAUUUAUUGGCUCUUUGAUGAUGGCGGGCUCACCCUCCUCAUUCCCUACCUCCUCACCCGCCGAAAACGCUGGAGCCACUGCCGAGUCCGGGUCUUCAUCAGCGGGCAGAUCGCUAAUGCUGAGGAGCACAGAGAAGAGAUCCAGUUUUUGUUGAACAAAUUCCGCCUGGGAUUCAACGAGGUUGUGGUGCUGCCAGAAAUAAUGUGGAGGCCGGAAGAAACGAGUUGCAAAGAAUUUGAGGAUCUUAUCGCUCCCUUUCGGCUCAACGAAGGCCAGAAAGAUCCGGAAGCCGUGGAAAGGAUGAAACAAGAAGCACCAUGGAAGGUCACAGACGAAGACCUCAGAAUCUACAAGAAAAAGUCCGAACAGCACAUGCGACUGCACGAGAUACUUCAAGACCACUCCCGCAACUCAGCCCUCAUUGUCAUGAGCCUCCCUGUGGUAGGAAAAGGGGCCUGCCCCAGUGCCCUCUACAUGGCCUGGCUCGAGACUGUCUCCAGGGGCCUGCGUCCACCCGUCAUCUUCAUCCGAGGUAACCAGGAGGAUACGCUUACCUUCUACUGCCAGUAGAGAGCAGUGCUGUACCAAGGGAGUACCAUGCAAGAGACAUUUAUUAUGGCAGUGCAGCCUCACGCAAACACAGGCUGCUGAGGCAGGGAGAAGCAAUAGCCAGGAUCUUUGCCGCGCCUGGAAAAAAGCCAAGGGACUGACUUUGACACCUCCGAGAAGCAGCAGAAGAGGCGAUCCUGCCAAAGUAUUGAAUUUCUUCCCCUUCGUAUUCUGGGAUUGUACCUGAUGGACUAAAGCCUACAGUACUGUUUUGCUAGAGUUGUGUUUUAGUAUGGGCGUAUCUGUAAAUAUUGAAUAAAUUUUAAAUAUUGUUGGUUAGCAUCCGUAGUG